AUGACACUGACUGUAUGUCUGUAUUUCAGGGUUUAUCUUGCAGGGUUGGUUGGCUUGCUGCUCAUCUUAACUGCUGAAGCUAGAGUUGGGUAAGGAAGUUACACUUCUGUUAUUUCUUCUCACACAUCAUAACCACACAAUUCAGAAAUCAUUCGCUGCUUAUAUAUUGAAUGAGCGCUGGCCGUCCGAAAUCAAAUGCUUUUGUCCCGUAUUGAUUUGUUUUCCACUGAUCCCUAUAAAUAGGAACUCCUCUGAGUCUAGCUUCUGUACCGAGACCAAGGAAUGUCUGCUCUAUGAUCUGGUUUGCAAGAAUGAUGAUUAUGAGGUGAGUCGAUUGUAAACCACAAAUUAACGGCACAUAGCGGCUAAAACUAAGUCAGGAGUUUGUUUCACCACCAUUUUUGUGACCAGUUUUUAUAUUGUUUAGUUUUAGGUCAGGGUUGCAGAUACAAUACAAUAGCAUUUUCAUCACAAUAAAGUUUAUCAUAAUGUUCCAUACAAUUGUGAAAACAAAAAAGAUACGUACCUGCAUGCGUAAAAACAGGAGCUUCCCCCCACCCAGCUACCAAGCUUCCAUCCACCCGACAACCCCAGCCCCAGAAACCAGGAUUCCCACCCCUUCCCACCCACCGUGUCUAAAAACCAAAGUUGCUUGUCCCCCCCCCCCACCCUCACCCACUUGGCAGCUCCCGAACCCCCACGUCCCCCACCCAUGGACUGCCCCUUCCCCCUGCACCCACAAUGUCAGUUGUUUCACGACAUUGGGGUAUCGUAUUGAGUUGUAGAUCAGUAAUGCAGGGUUGUUUCACUUGUGCACAGUCCCAACCCAAACCUACAACAUCUGUAAUGCACUCUACAGCACAGGACUCUGAGUGAAUGUUUGUGUCUGUGUCUGUGUUGCAGGUGCGCCACUAUGACUCAGUGAAAUGGGUGUCGACAGACGAGGAAGCCUACCUCAUGGACAAGGCAAUAGUCACCUCAUUCAUGAGACUCUUCAAAUACAUCACCGGAUCCAACGAGGCUGGUGUGUGUGUAUGUUUGUGCGUGUAAAUAUAUUUGUGUGUGUGUGUACAUGCACAUGCAUGAGUCUGUUUCCAUGCUUGUGUGUCUACCUGGCAAGAUGUGUUUACCCAUACAUUUUUCCUAUAGGCGUCAACAUUGACAUGACAGUUCCGGUGAUUGUCAAAAUCGAGGAGACGAAGAGGAUGUCGCAGUCAUCUGUUUACACCCUCAGCUUCGUCCUGCCAUCUGCCCAUCAGAUGACUCCUCCCCAACCCACUGAUGACAAGAUAAGGCCCAAUAGACCCCUACACCCUAUGCCCUAUGCACUUGUGGAGAUCUGAGAGGAUUUGAUUGGUUUAAGCAAUAUGGUGAAACUUCCACUUAGCCCAUCAGAGGGUAAGGUGGCGCUAUUACCAUAUUGCUGACUGUCAAAAACGUGUCAACCUGACAAGUGCAUAGGGUGUAGGGUCAAGGGGUCCAUUUGGGAUUGGCCCUAACUCUCUUUAUAACUGAUUUUAACCUGGACGCCUCAGAUCUGUAAAUUCUGUAUAGCCAACUCCUACAUGGUCGUUGUCAUUGCAUGUUCACUCUGUUCACUCACUAGUGCCAUUGUGCAAGACAAGCUCAUUCGAGCACAGCAAAAGUAUUUGAAAUAACACAAAUACUAUUUGAACCCAUGUCAGGUAUGUCAUCUAUUUUUUUUAAGACUGCUGGCUAAUGAUCUUUAUGCCAUUGUGAUUUCCCUGUGCAGGUGUACUUUACAGACAUGUCAGAUAUGAAAGUGUACGUGAGGAGCUACGGCGGAUGGAUGAUGUCUUUGACAUCCAGCAUAAACUCCAUGCUGCUGAAAAGGCAGCUAGACAAAGUCCAGGCCACCUACAACAAAGACUACCACUACACUGCGGGAUUUGAC